UCUGUGUGUCUCUCCUUGUCUCUGCCUCUGUCUCUCUCUCCCUGCCUCUGUGUGUCUCUCCUUGUCUCUCUCUCUAGGCAGCUGGCACAGAGAUGGCAUCAGGCCCAGAGGAGCCAGGGGAGCAGGGGACCCCAGGUUUGUUUCCUUGCUCAGCCUGUGACAUGGUUUUCCCUUCGAGGACUCUCCGGGACAGUCACGCCUAUCGCUUCUGCAUUGGCCACCUUACUCCAGGGAUACCCAGGGGCCGAAGGAAGAGCCCUGGCCAGCCCUCAGCCUCCCUCCCACUGAACAGAGAGCCUGGAUCUUGUUUCCAGGGCCAGUCACACCAGCCUGAGGAUCAACAGGAGACCCCCAGGAAAGCCCCAGGCCAGGGGGAAUCCAGCGGAGCGGCCCUGAAGAGGCUAACAGAUGAGGUUCAAAAUCUUCGGGUAUCUCUGCAAGACAUGGCCUUUCCCCAGAAGGUCACUGUAGGGUCCCGGGCACACCUGGAAGCAGCCUACGCUCAUCGGCUGGCACAGAUCGGGGCCCGAACUCGGAGCCUGGAGAAGCAUCAGGAGGAGAUCAGGCAGCAGCUUGGGGGUCUGGCUGGGGGCGAUGCUGGCGCCAGCGUCCUGGGGCAGGUGAUGCUGGCGAUCCAGGCCCAGGAGAAGAGAACGCAGCAGGCUCUGGACGCUCUUGGGGAGCGUGUAGAGAAACUGCAGGCAUGGACUCAGCCAGAUCUUCCAUCAGUGAGGAAGGAGGAGCAAGGGCUCAGCCUCAGCCUCUUAGCCCUACCAGCCAGUCAAGGGGUCCUGACUUCAGAGAUUCGGGCCCUACAGACAUCCUACCUCCAAGCCGGGGGCAGAGACCCCGGAGUCCUGGCCAAGAUAUGGGAGUUGCACCUUGAGGCUGCGCUGCUGGAAGGGAGGACUCAGAAGAGACAAGGGAAGGCCGCUGUUGGACCCCAAACGCUAGACACACAGUUGCAGGCCCUAGAAGCUGUUAACGGCCACUUGGAGACUGAAAUCCUGGCCCUACAGAUGCAGAGAGGACCCCAGAAGCCCUGGCAGGGCCCGUGGGAGCCCCAGCCCAAGGAGGGGACUGGUCUGCUCUGGAGAGGAAGAGGAGGCUGUGCCCGCCGGCCACCCCCUGUGGCUCCCCCGUUGCCACCCCCUCUCCCAGGACCCCCCCGAGACAGCCCUUUCCUAGGCAUGAUGGAAAUUACAGGAGCUGCAGCCCAGAGCCACCACCUCCUGCCCCCGCCCAAUGUGCUGGGCCCAGCUCCUUAUGACCCAGGGGCUGGGUUUGCCAUAUUCUACGACUUCCUGCUGGGACUGGAGCCUGAGUGGUCACAGGUGCAGCUGGUGACGGCGCUGGCACGGGGUGGGCAGGAGACCGGCCCCAGCACUGCCCUACCCCCAAGUCCCUGUCUGCCACUGCCCCCCGCCCCAGGGGCUCCCCUGGGCAACUGUGCCAUCCUGGCAGCUAGGCAGCCUGUGCCCAGAUUGCAUCCCUCCCUGGCUGUGACCCUGGUCACAGAGCUUCAGGCUUGGGGCCUUUGGGAUAGAGGCCAGGAGCCAAGGCCCCAGGCUUGGACCAACGUCCAGCUAUUUGACCUGGAGCAGAGGGUGCUGAGCGGACACUGGAGGCUGCCUCUGAGAGCCCUGCCCCGGGCACCAGGCCUUCACCCCAGGCAGCUCAAUGCCAUCCCUCAGGCUGGCCACAUUGAGCUGUACCUGAGAAUAGCCAAUGCAAGAGAUGCUGAGAUCCAGGCGUUGGCUAAGAUAGACCCCGCCCAAAGCCGGGAAUAUCGCUACCUGCCCACCGUAUCCAACUCACCCUCUCUGGAAGACAGCAACCUGAACUCCCACUUCCUGGGACCCCCCAGCCUGCUCCCCUCCCUCUCCCUGUCCUAUGGCUUCAAUGACCCUCCUCCUGCUUCAGAGUAGCCUGCACAAAGACCCCAGAUACAGCAGCUGGAGGCCCCUCCCAACUCCUCUCCAGGCCUUGGCUUCUCAUCUUUAAAAUGAACAGGUGGCCUCAUUCCCCCAGGGCCCAUUCAGCUCUGCAAGCCUGCAAUUCUAUGGUUCCCUGACCCUAUAAGACGAAGGGAUGUGCCCAUCAUCUGCCUUACCAGGCUCCCAGGAUGGGUCCUUUGCAUUGCUGAGUGUGUGUGUGUGUGUGGGGGGGGCAGCCAGUGACUUUGGGUGGGCAGAGAGCCCUGCCCAGGGCAGUCUCAAACCCUUCCCCAGUGAAGGGGGCAGCUCAGGGCCAUGAGCUGUGGGUUUCUCAGCCUGAGGAAUCUUUGGGCUCCAAGGUCUGCACCCUUGAGGUGGGGUUGGGAGAAGGGAAGCCAGGCACCCACAUACCCAGAACAACCAGCCGAGAGAAAUCCCUUGAGGAAGCCCAAGGCAGUCAGUGGAAACAUGCUUAGAUCUGAUUCAGCACAUGGGCACUCAGCCCUGGCAUCUGGGAAUCCUGGAGCAGAAGCCCAGUUCAUACCACCAGCAACCGCCCUUUACAAGGAAGGCCGGCUCAUCACUGAGGAGGCACUUGACCCUAAAUCCUUCAAUCUGCCUGUGCUCUCUAUCCAAAGAGAUGGCAUCUUCAGAGAUGCAGAUCCAUCCCACCUAUGCCAGAGUCCUGUGUGACACACAAAGGGACACAAAAGACUUUGGCCUGACCAUUCACAUGGGAAAAACCAAGUGGAUGAUAAAUGCUCAUUGUCUCUAGACUAUGGCAUACAGGUGGGAUGGACAUCAGUUUAUAUCUGAGAUAGACACUGCAAAUGCGCGAGUCCAGAAUUGACCAGGAGGAGGAGGGGAGUGACUAGAUGUCUUUGGGAAGUUGCAUCUAUUUUUAAUGACCCCAAAUUUCUCCUGGCUCCCUCAUAUCAGAAUCCUCCUGGCAAUCAGUGGUCACACUGGGAGCCUGGAACAGGCCAGAAGGGUCUGCCACAUGCAGGUUGCAAACAUCUGUCACAUCCUACUCCACCAGCUGUUGGAUCCUGGGACCCCUCCUCAGUCGGAGGCUCUACUUCCUCCUCUCCAAAAUGGGGCUAAUUCCUGCAGCCCCUCCCCCACAGAGCUGCCUUUAGAGAGGCUCAGCUGAGACACUACAUAAAGUGCUUUGCAGCCCUUGAUUCUCAUGCAUAAAAACAGGACUGUCCUAUGUAUGAGCUAGAAAGCCGCCAUAACAAGGAGCAAUGUGUUCUGGGAACCUAGGAGAGUGGGAAGGCGUGGUCAAGGCCCCCUGGGGCCCAAGCACCUCCUGGGCCCAGGCCUCUGGCUCCCUCCCCACCCAAGGCUUCCUCACCCUGAUUCAAUCACUAAGGAAGCCUUUUUGUCUUCUACCUCCCCACCCUCCAGUCUUAGUGAGGUUGGCCAGGUCAUUUAUUUGCUUGUCUCUGGACCUGUUUCCUAAUCUAUAAAAUGGGGACCCAUGGUAGUUCAAAUUCACUCACUCACUAAAUGCAAUUUACAUAAGCACCUACUGUGUGUGUGUGGGGGGGGCUGCAGCCCCAGCAUCUGAGUCCAGCCCCUGCUGCUGCCCCCCCACCCCCAAGCAGGUAGUCUUCCACCACAUCCAGGCACAGGAGCUUCCCCCAGCCAAAAUAGCUAGCUAGCAUAUACAAAAAGCUUGUUAGGUUGACAAAGCACUUCGCAUGUUUUAUUUCACUUGACCCUCCCAACAAUGCUGGAAAGUAGUUGUUAUUGUCCCCAUUUUACAGAUGGGGAAACUGAGGCUGAGAGAAGCUGACUUACUCACUCAGGUUACACAGCUAGUAUAUGUCUGAGGCUGGCUUUGAACUCGGCUUCCAGGCUCUAGGCACAGCUCUGAAGACACCGGGCCACUGGACAUCUGGCCUGAACCUGCUGAUUUUAGGGGCUCUUGCCCCACCCACCCUCCUGCACUCCAUCCCAUUUGGCUAUCUGUGCUCCUCCCACACAUCCGACUCGGUGCUCCCACUCCGAUGCCCUUCCUCUUCACUGUAUACACAAGGGAUGCCCUGGUCCCGUGGUGGGGGCUGGGCUCCCCGAAGAGGCACUUGGGCUUCGAUGGUGGUGUCUUAGGACAGCCCGGGGUAUGUGGGGGGCCCCUCAGUGGCCUUUUUGCACCACCAGUUACCGGUCAUAGCCAAGCCUUUAGGCACCUUAGAAGCCCUUACAGGUACUGGGCUGAGCUCUCAGAUCUGACUUUUCUACAAACAGGGCGGCAUCUGCAGUGCCACUCGACCCAUCCCAACCCCCAGGGGCCUUUCUUCUGGGCUAAACCAGUGGGGAGGUUGGCCAUCUAAGCCUCUGGACUUCACCAUGCCUUCCCUUCAUGAAAUCUAUGUUCUGGAGCAAUGGCUUCCUGGUUCUUCCCACAUACACACCUUGGUACUGGCUGUCCCUGACUCCCAGCCCUCAAUUCUAAUGCAGGCCCCCAGCCCAUAAGCCCUUGUGCUUUGGACAAGCCUGCCCACACCCCCAAUCAUCCUGGCCCAUGGCAGCCAAGUCCCCCAAGAAGGCAGUCAGACCCACUUACCAUCCUGCUCAGGGCACCUGCUCGUUGUGGGCAGGAAGCAGUAUUCCUGGCCUAUUCAAUGUCCACGUGCCCAGCUUAGGGUCAGGGAAGGGGCAUGCUAAACAGGGAGACCCAGGCCCACCCCUUCCUGCACCACGUGGUGGCUGGUCCACCCAACAUAGUUCCGUCGGCAAUCUCAUGCCCACCUUCCAGAAGAGGCCACUUUUUCAUCACCCUACUCCCACCUCCCACUUAUUUUUAUAUUGCAUUACUCUUUCGAAACAGGAAACGUUUCACACUUAUCUCUGUAAACCCCAGGGCCUGGAAGAGUUAGCAUUUGCUCCUUGACUCACUCACCAACACACAUGCUCACAUUCUUGACUCAUCUCACCAAGCCCGAGAACCACGGGAGACACCCCAAUGGCACUUUUCUGUUAUUGUCCAACUCUUCAUGACCCCAUUUGGGAGUUUCUCAGCGAAGAUACUGGUUUGCCAUUUCCUUCUCCAGCUCAUUUACAGAUGAAGAAACUGAGGUAGAGAGGGUAAAGUGACUUACCCAGCGUCACAAAGCUAAUAAUCCCUCCCACCUGACUGGCUAUCUGCUGAGCCAAGAUGGUGCCAGAAAGCAACAGCCUGGCUCUCCACUGAGACGUCUCCAGUUCUCCCAAAGUCCCAGGCAAUGAUCCCCCUGCUUUCACGUAUUUCCUCCUUCAAGAGGCCAAGCAGUGCUCCAGGGAGGCCAGGUGGACAUUGCAGGUGGAAGCUGUGGCCCAAGUCAGAAAACCUGAGCGGGUUCACAGAAGCCCCAUUAGGGACCCCAAAAUGCUCUCAAGUCUUUCCAGUACCCCAAACAAAGCUGAGGCUGAGAAACAAGAAGAGCCCCCUAAAUGGGAGCCUGAGAAUGGGGCAGGAGGCAGGGGCUCCUCUCCUCUGUCCUCCUCAGUAUAAGCUAAGCCAAAAUCCAUCAGGAACUUGGGU